AAGCCCUUUGCAAAGUGACUUACAAUACUCUCUUCUCAAACCCCAUUUAGCUAUAUAAUAAUCAAGUUCUAAUAUCUUUCUUGAUCCUCAUGGCACCUCAUGGAGAUUCUCUUCCUAGCUCUUUGUCUAGGAACAACAACAUAUCAAAGCCACCAAAGCUCUCAUCUGAUCACCUUCAACGAACAGUCUCAGACAUUUCAUUUGAGUUAACCAAAGAAAGGAUUGAUUUGAAACUUCCACCAAUAUCUGAGGUUGAAGAUGCAAAGUGUGAGUGCUGUGGGAUGUGUGAGGAGUGCACACCAGAGUACAUAGAUCGUGUGCGUGACAAGUUCCUUGGGAAGUGGGUGUGUGGGUUAUGUGCUGAGGCAGUGAAGGAAGAGUUGGAGAAAAAUGGAGGAAAAAAAGAAGAGGCUUUAAGUGCACAUAUGAGUGCAUGUGUUAGGUUCAACAAAUAUGGUAGGGCUUUCCCAGUUCUGUUUCAAGCUCAAGCCAUGAAAGAGAUGCUGAAAAAGAACAACAAUCUAGCAGAUGGUGGAAGAAGGGCCAAGUCCAUUAGCCCCAGGGACAAAGGAGGGUUAAAGAAAGGAGGGAUUGCUCGUAGUUCAAGUUGCAUUCCAGCAAUUACAAGAGAGAUUAAUGAUAUUAAAAUAGCCAAUUAAUAUUACUAUAAGUGUAAUCUUUUUUUUUUCUAAGUUGGUUUUUAAUAUUUAGGUGUAGAGGACAUGGUUUUGUACCAUAAUUUUUAUAUGCUGACUACUACACUAGCUACUAGGUUUUCCAUUGAAUCUCAUGUAUUAAGAGCCUCGCGCGCAUCUCAUUUCCACUGGUUUCCAAAAACUUCCAUGACCCUUGUUGUCUUGCUAACAGUUGUGCAAGUAAUGCGUGCAAGUAUACGCGACAACAAGUAAUAUAGGGCUGUUAUAAGUCCUAGUUAUCGUUCCCACAAGGAUCGUUGGCGUUUUGAAAUGACUAAAAUUUGUAAUUGCUUAAA